AUGGGACAUACCUGGUACAGAACAGUUCCUCAAAGCACCUUUGCGGACACACUGACACCCCUGCGCCUGGGCCAGGCCCGCCUCAGCGCCUGCCCCCCUCCCGGCAGCCACGACACCGCCAACUUCGACAACAAUGAGCUGGAGAACAACCAGGUGGUGGCCAAGCUGGGUCACCUGGCUCUCGGCCGUCCGGACGCCGCCGUCCCGUGCGUGGCCCGCGAACGCGCUCGGCCCGCGUCGUCACCCGCGCUGCUGGACGCCGAGCUGCGCUUCCACGCCACGCGCGGCCCCGACGUGAGCCUGUCUGCCGAUCGCAGGCUGGCCUGCGCGCCCCGACCCGACGGCGGCCGCACCCUGGUGUUCUCCGAGCGGCCACUGCGGCCGGGCGAGAGCCUGUGCGUGGAAGUGGGCCGGCCGGGGCUGGCGGCACCCGCGGCCGUGGCCUUCGGCAUCACGUCGUGCGAUCCCGGCGCGCUGCGGCCAUCCGAGCUGCCCGCCGACCCCGCUGCGCUGCUGGACCGCAAGGAAUACUGGGUGGUGGCGCGCGCCGGUCCGGUCCCCAGCGGCGGCGACGCGCUCAGCUUCACCCUGCGGCCGGGCGGCGACGUACUGCUGGCGGUGAACGGGCGCCCGCGGGGACGCCUGCUGUGCGUGGACACCUCGCAGGCGCUCUGGGCCUUCUUCGCGGUGCGCGGCGGAGCGGCGGGCCAGCUGCGUCUUCUGGGUACCCUGCAGUCCAGUCCUGAGACCACAACUCCAUCGGGGUCCUUCAGCGGCUCCCAGGAUGACAGUGAUUCAGACGUGACCUUCGGUGUCAACCAGUCUUCCUCCGCAUCAGAGUCAUCUCUGGUGACAGCCCCCAGCUCCCCGCUGAGCCCCCCAGUGUCCCCAGCCUUCUCUGCACCUGAAGCAGCAGGCAGCAGGAAUGGAGAGUGUACGGUGUGCUUCGACAGCGAGGUGGACACGGUCAUCUAUACGUGUGGACACAUGUGCCUCUGCCACAGCUGCGGCCUGCGGCUCCGAAGGCAGGCACGGGCCUGCUGUCCCAUCUGCCGGCGGCCCAUCAAGGAUGUCAUCAAGAUCUACAGGCCAUAGCUGUGCAGCGGGCUGGGCCAAGGCGAGGUCACCUUUCUGAAGCCCCUGUUAGGUGGGCGACACCAUGGCUACCAGGGAGCCCAAGGUCAGAAGCCAUCUCAUCUGCCACUCCGCAGUGAUGAGCAAGGCAGGACAGGUGUGGAGACGAGGCCCCGGGGGGCCAGAGCCCAGGCAAGCAUUGCUUCUGGCUCAAACACGUGUUGCCCCCAAAAGCCUGUCCCAAGAUUCAGCUCAGGAACUGCCUGGCAGAUCACCUGCCUCUUGGUGACCUUCAGCUAGGAAAGGGUGCCCUCUGUCUGUGCAAUGCUUCUUUGGGGUUGGGUUGAGUGUGUGUGUGUUGGGGUGGGGGGAGACAGCACAGAGAAAGAAUGAGUGAGAGAGAAUGAGUGAGAGAGUGUGUGUGGAUGUAUUGUGCAGGAAUCUGUCGUCUCCUGGAGGGUAUUUAACACUAAGGAAUGUGCAAUCCGGGCCUAAAUGUUAAUGUGACGGUUGUCCACUUUCUGGGGAUGUAGUUUUCUGCAAUGAGCUAGCUUUGAAGACACAAGGCCUGAACCUACACAGAACUCCUUCAAUGGUAUAGAAAGAGGCACUCAAAUUUCCUAAAGGAAAGCAAAAAUAACUCACUGUUUACAGCUCCAGGCAGCAGCUCCUGCUGAGGGGAAGGUGGGCAGAGAACAGCCCAGCACAGGUGACUUUCACUGCUUACUCAGACUGGGAGGCGCCUUCCUUCCCGUGGCAGCUGAGGACAGGUGCCCCAAGCUCUAGCAUCUAGGAUUCCUCCAUCCCCAGUCUGAACAGUAAGCUCCUCGCCCCUCAGCCCCACAUGCUCUGGAGUUUUGUAAUGCUCCUCCUGUUCUCCGGGGCGGCUCCAUAACUCCCAUUAUGAAUUAAGAAGAAUUAAGGAGAGCUGUGGGCAUGUCCCAGUGACCAGCUGGCAGAAGCCAGAAGACCCAGUCUCCCUAUCUGGACCUUGUCCUGACCUCUCAUUUUUCUGUGGAUUAUUAAGGUGUUAACUAACACACUUGUUAGAUACUUGUGAAGAACUGACUGAAAUGCCCCCCAA